UCUAAAGCACCUCCCCUCCUCCCUCUAGAAAGAUGACAUCACCUCUGCUCUCCAGUAAAUCAUCCUGCCACACAUUUAUCACUUCUGACAUGUUUUAAUCCACCACAAAGCAAGUACACCAACUUUUGUUUUGAAGAGUCUAAAUAUGAUUUACAGAUCAACUGUUUGACAGCAGCAGCACCUGAUGUGUCCAUUAACGAGACAUGGAAGCAGUAAUGGGUCCAAACGCUGCCGUUAUGUCCCUGAACAGUUGGUUGAAACGAGUGAGUCACGACUGGGACGUCCAGAUUCUUGACGACAGUCUUUGUAUAACAAUGACUGAAGUGAAGAAAACAAUUGUCCCUAAACCCACUGACGAGCUAAAGCUGUGGAGGUUAAAUCAGGAUUAGGGCUCAGGUUUUUUUGCAAUGAUGUCAUCCUCGCUGGCCCCCUUACAGUGAGCACCUAAUGACACACACACGCACGCACACUCUCCACGCUUGCACACUUUUAGAAAGAUCCAGGUUAAUUACUUAGGCUCUUAGUUGUGUAAUGGUCCCACCAAGCCGGUGGAUCGAGUCCAAGUGUGCGGGGGCCAAAGCUGCUGCCGUGUGGGCGGGUGUGUGUCGGCCAGUGGUUUUGUGUUUGAACGAUUGUCUGUCUGAGCUACAAAACGACAAAAAAAACGACAUUUUAAACCGUAAAAGAUAUUCCAGGAGCUCUGAUGUGUGUGAAAAGCCGUUGCAUCAGACAAUUAUUUUGCCAAGGACAGUGUUGUUCAGCAGAUUCUUAGACUACGUUCAGACUGCAAGCCAAAGGGCCCGAAAAGCGACUUUUACAUCCAGGAGAGAGAAAUGACCCCUACCCUUUCUUCUGGUGUGCUUUUCAAACUCAUUAACAUCAAUUUGUUUUUGACAAGUAGUCAAUCGACACCAACUCCUGAAAACCAACGUGUUUGUUCCUGCAGGUGUUUGGCAAUAAGAUGGUGAUCCCUUCACUGGACGGUGCCUUGUUCCAGUGGAACCGGGACAGGGAGAGUAUGGAGGCAGUGCCUUUCAGUGUGGAGUCCCUGCUGGAUUCGUCUUACCGGAUCGGGGAGGACACCGUCCUGGUUGGGGGGAAAUCUCUCACUACCUACGCCCUGGGGGCCUACAGCGGCAAGAUUCGGUACAUCUGCUCCGCGGGGGGCUGCAGCCGCUGGGGGGACGAGGAGAUGGAGGCCGAAGAUGUGCUCCUGCUGCAGAGGACUCAGAAGACGGUGCGAGCCAUCAGGCCGCGAUCAGGGAUGGAGAAGUGGAACUUCAGCGUCGGGAACUUUGAGCUGAAGCUCCUUCCCGAGACGCAGUCUGGCAUGAACUUCCUGGAGGGAGAGGUGGCGAACGGCGACGCCUGGAGGGAGAGCCAGCGGGUCAUCGCUGACGAACCAAAAGAGACGGAGGACCAGCAGAACCAGAAUCUGGACCUCGUCAUCAAAGUGUCUGUUCCCGAUUGGAAGGUCAUGGCCUUCAGUGCGGCGCCGGAUGGCCAGCUGGUCUGGGAACGUCAGUUCUGCACACCCAUCGCUUCGGCUUGGCUGGUGGGCGGGGGCAAAGUCACACCCAUCGCCCUGUUUGACGACAACGCCUACAGCAACCAGUCGGAAACUGAUGAGGAGGAGGACGACGACGAUUCCCAGAAGGCCAGAGGAGCAGAAGAGUCCAGUGUUUACCUUGGGAUGUACCAGGGACAGCUCUACCUCCAGUCCUCGGUGAGGAUCAGCGAAAAGUUCUCUUCCAAAGCUAUCGGAUCGGUCAAAGACAUAAUUCCUCUACCCACAGUCAAGUGGAAGCCUCUAGUCCAUUCCCCAUCUCGGACACCAGCCCUGGUCGGCUCUGAUGAAUUCGACAAGUGUCUGAAUAAUGACAAGUUCUCCCAUGAAGAAUACAGCAACGGAGCCCUGUCCAUCCUUCAGUAUCCAUAUGACAACGGCUACUACUUCCCCUACAACAAGCGCUACCGGGAGAAACGCGACAGUGCCGUCAGCCUGAUAAAGGGAACCGGGGCGGAGGCCGAGAGCGGCAGGAGGAAGGACCCCGUGCUGCUGCUGCCCUGGUGGAAGGAGAUCCUCGGCACCAUCGUCUUCUGCAUCGCCGCCACCACCUACAUCGUCCGCAAGUUCUUCCACCCUCCCGCCCCGGUGGCCUAUGUGAGGCAACGGAAGGAGUCGGAGACGCAGUGCCAGACGGACUGCAAGUUUGACCUUGAGGUUGUGGAAUCCAAAGAGCCGGUUGCUGUGGAGACCCGUUCCAGCGAAUAUGUGUCCAGGUACCUGACUGACUUUGAGCCGGUGCAGUGCCUCGGCCGCGGGGGGUUCGGGGUUGUGUUUGAAGCCCGCAACAAAGUGGACGACUGCAACUACGCCAUCAAACGAAUCCGUCUGCCCAACAGAGAGCUCGCCCGUGAGAAGGUGAUGCGCGAGGUGAAGGCGCUGGCCAAGCUGGAGCAUACGGGGAUCAUCCGCUACUUCAACGCCUGGCAGGAGAGCCCUCCCGAGGGCUGGCAAGAGGAGAUGGAUCAGAGGUGGCUGAAAGACGGCAGCACCACUGACUGGCCAAUGAGCUUCCUUGACCACAUGGAGGCGCUGUCAGUCAAAGUCCCAGUGUCCAGCUCAGUGACGCCGGUCUCUGGGCCUGGAGGAGACGUUCUGGAGGCCUCUGUGGAUUCGCGGGCCCUUCUCUCCAGCAGCGCCGGCAGUGCCGACGAUGGAGACCUGUCCUUCCACCCGCUGCUGGGCCACGACAGCCUGAUGUCUGUGCGGGACAGCCAGGCGGACCACGACGCCUCGGACACCCCCCACUCCUUCGAGCUCUGUCCCCCACGCGGCCCCAGCGACUGCACAUCUUCUUCCUUUGACAUCGUGUUUGAGGACUCGGGCUGCGACCGGGACGCCGACGCCGACACAGACUCGGUGUCCAGUGCAGCCAGCCCGAGCACGACGACUGAGAAGAACAGCUCGUCUUCCUCACGCACAAGACAGCAGGAAUCCGUCCCGCCCUCCUCUUCCUCUCCCCCCCGGCCAACCUCACUUACUCUGUUUAUCCCCCCAACUCCUCAAACCCAGCGAGUCCAGCCUUCUCCCAAGGUGUACCUGUACAUCCAGAUGCAGCUCUGUCGGAAGGAGAACCUGAAGGACUGGAUGGCCCAGCGCUGCCUCCCGGAGCAGAGGGAGAACAACCAGUGUCUCGAUAUCUUCCUCCAGAUCACAGAGGCCGUUGACUUCCUGCACAGCAAGGGGCUCAUGCACAGGGACCUCAAGCCCUCCAACAUCUUCUUCACUAUGGAUGACGUGGUGAAGGUGGGAGACUUCGGCCUGGUGACGGCCAUGGACCAGGAAGAGGACGAGGACGAGCCGAGCGCCCUGACGCCCGCCCCGCUGCUGACCCGGCACACGGGCCAGGUCGGCACCAAGCUCUACAUGAGCCCAGAGCAGCUCUCUGGAAACUCGUACUCUCACAAAGUGGACAUUUACUCUCUGGGACUGAUCCUGUUUGAGCUGCUGUAUCCCUUCAGGACCCAGAUGGAGAGAGUGAGGACACUGACUGAGGUGAGAGCGCUGCGCUUCCCAGAGGUUUUCUCCAAAAACAACGUUCAGGAGCUGAGCAUGGUGCGCAGCAUGCUGUCGUGGAGCCCCGGCGAGCGUCCCGAGGCGGCCGAGAUCACAGGGACUCCUCUCUUCCAAGAGCUGGAGCUGCCUUGCCGACUGGCCAUGAGGCAGCGCUCCCGCACCUACAGCGCCUCGUCCAUGGGCCGCCCCUCACGCCAGACAUCGACGAACUGAAAGUCCCCGUGACGCAACAUGUAACCCCCAUCCCACCCCACCUCCCCAGCCCGAGAGAAACGCCUCAGCCCCCUGUGCCAUCACACACUGCCUCAGACUUUAAAACGCUCGAGAAUGACACAAACGUGCAGGAAUUUAUCGGCGCGGCUUCAGAGCAGCGAGACAAAGUCCUGCUCACUUACUCUCCUCGGCAAAUGCACACGCUGUUACAUAUUCGCACACCAUCAUGCCCACGUUCCCAAUUUUAAUCACACUUACAAGUGAGAGAAUAUUUUAAAAGCAACAGCCGUUCUGUAAUGUCCACGACCAGACUUGGCUCAAGUGGUGCAAGCAAAAUAAUUCUUAGUGGUUGUUUUAAAUUGGCUCCGAGUGCCAGAUGGGCGGUGUGUACUAAGCUACCAUCCACAGGACAUUAUAACUAAUUGAUUUGGGCGUGUUUCACUCUGACAUGGCUCACUCGAUCAUCUGGUACUCUGAGACGACGGACAGACGCCCUGAGAACUUCUUUAACAUAUGAUUUGAACGCCGGUUCCGGUCACAGCACGCUGCUUGCUCCCAACAUUCAGCCAGUGUUCACUCACCCACGCUACACCUCAGGUAUCAAAAACCAAGAGGACACUCCAAAGGGGCCUUUGACGCUUGAUCAUCCUAUCUACCGGUGACCAGCACUGAUCACCGGUACGAGCACUAUCCGGUGUUCUGACACCCAAUAUGCCUGAUUUGGGAGACCAAAAAAAAGACCAUCUUUUUUUUGCCUGUGUUGGUUUUUUAAAAUGAGAGAAGGUGAUGUACUGCAGAGAGAAGAGUUUAUGAACCCGGACCAUCCGAUAUGAUUUGCCUUUAGAAAGUGGCCCCCGGCCUCUGAAUGAAUGCUGAGCCACUGGCUCCUGUCCGUUCUGCAUGUCCCUGACAGGAAAGUGAAGGGGUGAGUGUGAGUCUGUUAUCUUAAAGCCAGUACUUGGAAGCAGUUUUUUCUAUGUGUAAAUCUACACACUGACUCUGAGGUGCUCAAUCAUUUUGUUCAACACCUCCUCUUUGCUCCGUGUAUAUAAUUGAAGGGAAAAAUCUGUUUAUAUCCUUUUUUUCUUUGUUAAUUCAGAAGAUAUGUUCGAUCAAUCCUGUACAUACUGUAAGGCGCCGUUGCUUUUUCCAUGAGGCGACUGUAAGAUAGUGUGAUAUACUGCGGGGGGGGGACAAAGAGGGGACGAUCUCUGCCAUUAACGGAUAGCUGAAUGUUACAGUGGGACCUCCAGAGACACAUGAUGGUGGUCGCCUCUUCUUGCUGUGGGAGAAUGAUUCUCAGUGUUUGUCUUCACAUGUGUGGGGCACCGUAGGGGUCUGCCUGCCCUUCCAGCACCAGAGUAGAACCUGCAGGACCAGAGUGCCAUUAGAAAGUCAGUUAAGUGUACUUUUCUGUGACUGAUAAGCUCACCUAACAGCUCUUUGGGGGAAUUGUGCCACCGCGCUCCGACCCCAUCCCGCUGGUGUUCCCGGUGAAGCGCGACACAUCCCGAGGUGUGCAGCCCUCCCGUGAAGAGGAGAACUAGCAGAGAGAGAUGAUUCUGUUUUAUCCCCUCUACGUCGCCUACUGGGGACCUGGACCUGAUGUUGGUCAUGUGAUCCACAAAAGCAUUGUUUAAUGUACAUAAGACGUGCUGGGAGAGUCACAUGACCCGCUUGUAACUUCACAAACUGCUAAUUGUAAUGUGCUUUCAAUGAUUGUACUUUUCUAAGAAUCGUCUUCUCUCUUUUUGUUUUUUUAACAAGCGUAGUUUUCUGAUUAUGCUGCAGGGUUUUUUGAUUACUGUAAAGUCUUGACUGCGUUUGAUACAAGAAGUCAAACUGAUGUUCGUUCAUCCGUUCACUCAGCUCAAUGAAGAUGAGUCGUUCUUCUUGUUGUAAAAGGAUCAGUUCUCUCCUCGGAGUUUAAAGCAGACUGUACUCCACCACCAAUAAGGCUGGAAACAGGAAAGUAGUUCCAUAAAUGGUAAAUCCUGAAGUCGGGAGGGGAAAUGUGAAACCUCGCGCCGCAAAUUCGGACAAAUGUUGCUUUGUGAACGACAGUUCACAAAGCACUGUUACUCAAGUACUCAGUACUGUUACUCAAGUGUUGACCAUGUACAACUAUUUUGUCGAAUUAAUGAAUCAUUUUUCAAAGCAAUUCAAUAAUGGAUCCAGGAUGAAUCUGUCUCUCCCACACAGCUGGAAUUAAUUUGGAACUAUUUUUGUCUAUUUUAUAGAAGUCAAUUUCUCAGAGAGGUGAUCUAAAGACUCGUUUGAGGAGGAUUUACAACAAGAGAGAAGGAAACGUUCACAACUUAACUCACCUACAGUACUAAAUAGCUUUUGAGCUCAUAACAUUAAAACUUAAAACAGCAUUAUUGACAAUAGUGUAUUAUAUGAGGAUCUAGAGAUUUUCUUCUUUUCACUCAAAACCAAUACCAUGUGAUCAUACUGUCGGUUCUUGCUUUGUUAAAUCGUGUUUACCCUCCUUUCACUCCUGCCGUCCAGGUUUCUUCUCCUGAGGACAGUUGAAUUUGAAUAAUCGGACUCCCUCCUGUCAGUCUCUGACGCCUCUGUCUGGAUGUGUAGUUGCCUGUUUUUGUGCACAAACCCCGUUCCCUUGUCCAUGUUGAAUUGUAAAUAUGUUAAUUUGCUUUAUUUAUGUUUUGAUGCCGUGAUCAAUCCUUUCGGGGGUUGGUGUUAUUAUCAAUGCUCUUCCUGCGAUGGAGCGCAUUGGAAUAUGAUGACUUCUUACAAGUCUAAAUUUAAUAAACCGUUCUAUACCGUU